AUGUCGACUUCAUUGACGCCGACUUCAGCGGGUAAUAGGGGUAUUAGGGCGAAUGACUGGGUGUUUGAAGUUGUAGUGGUGUCGGAGAGAAAGUAUGUGGUAGGUAACUGGAGGUAUUUUACGAGUUUUUGGAGGAAAUUUGGGAGGUUCUUUUGAGCCUCACAACCAAAGCUCUUGUGGAAGAAAAAAUGGAUUUUUCGCCCAAAAAAUCAGCGGGUAGAAAAAGAUUAGUGAUUAGAAUAGAAACUGCAGGACCUAUAGAGUGUACCUAAAGCAAAAAAACAUUCAAAAAUAUUCGUAUUUUAGGCCAAUUUCAGUCUCCAUUCAGCACAUUCGAUUUUCAGACAGAUUUGAAAAAAUUGUAAAUUUAGUAACAAUUUUCAACAGCGUAUUUUGCCCCUCUCCCACGUCUAUAUCUUCCGACAAUGCCGCUUGUUCUCCAUCAUGCCCUAAGGCGCAGCCCGCAAAUCCUCUCCGGAACGAGCUGUUUUUUCAUAGCGUCAUUCAUCCGCCCGGGGGCCCGGUGGGAUUUUCGGUCCGUUCUUUUUACCUACACGAAUUUUCUCACCCACACCUUCAAAUUGGUUAUUUUGUCACCUCCUUUCUUUCCUCACUCCUCGCUAUUCUACAUUUUGUUGUUCCGUUUCCGCGGGCCCUCCCAAACUUUGGUCCGAGCGGCCGCCGUGCUGGCCGAGCGCACUUUGUUUGGUGUUUAUGCUGAGGCGCUGUUUAUUUAUAGUCUGUAUGUAGGGUAGAGGCUGAAACAAAGGCGUUUGUGUAGGUAAGGUGUUUUAUUAAAUUGAAAUUGAAAAAAGGCGAAUUUUUGGUUUUUCAAAAAGUCUCGUUUUUUUGUAACUAUGGCGCAAGUGACCAAGAUGAUUUUUCUCCGUUAUUGAAGUGUUUGUUGUAUGUAGGGAAGUUUAUUUUGGGAUACGAUGAGCCCUUGGGACCUCUGAAAUUUUGUUGUAAACUUGUUAUGACCUUAUCGCCCGGGUAGUAAAAUAUCUUUCUGUCGGGAAAAUAAUGACCACUCUGUUGCAUCAAAAAUCUGAUCGCCGCUGAGAAAAUGAAUUGUGUCGCGGCAAAAUCAAAAUUUUUCCCCUUCAACGCCGCGCUCAGCAAAGCAAAAUUGUCCUCAUUAUUUUCCCGACAGACCGAUAAUAACCCUUUUUCUCACCCAAAAUACACACCUCGUACGUUGCAACAAGUGUCAAGCCUAUUUUUAUCGAUUUCUCCAACAAUUUCAAACCAUCCUCCCCGCAAAAAUACCCUUCAUUAGUGGCGGUGGGCCAUUAGCCCUGUUUCAGGCCCCAUUCUCAUCUAUCACAUGCAAAUUCACCGUCUUCGCCGCAGGUAUUUUUGGGCCGACUAAUCAGGUCCCCACAGAGUCGGGGCGAUUAGCAUUACCCGUGCAUUACGUCGCAUCUUCAUUGCGUCGCAUGACGCUGUUUUCGUAUUUUGGUUGGUGUUUGCUGACGUUGAGAGCCGAUGUUUGUGGUAAAUAUUUUUAGGUAUCGGUUGCAGCGGUUUGUUGAUGGGAAGGUGGGGCACGAAUAACAGUUUAGUUGACCUGUAGUAUUGCCUAUUCUACGCUAUCAAAAACAUCCUCUUGGUCACUUGUACCUUCAUCUUGUACCCUUGUUGAGGCAGAGCCGUUAACACGUGUGUUUGCAUAGUUUCCUUUCCCUGGAAAUACAAGUGUUUGUACUGAUAUUCCAUGUGUCCCUUCGCCGAAUCUAAUCCGUGUUUGUUACUGGGACGGCAUAUGAUGGGUGGCGGAUGAUAAUUUACGCCACACGAUUAACGUAAACCCUUUGUAUUUGGCUAUAAUUUGUUGUUUUUGGCUGUUAAGUACUUGGUCUUUCGGAAUACCGUAUACUUUCGCGUACACCAGUCUUUUCGGACCGCGGAAUUCGAGUUGUUAUAAUCGCGGCGUGUUCAAGGCCAUCACUUGGCCGACUCGUUGGUCGGCAGACCUGAAUCCCACCCCGCCACCCAUGAUCAUCCCUUCUCGGUUUCAGUUUAUUCGGUCCAACCAGGCCAACUCUCUCCCACUGCUGGACACGCCGCCGCCGCCGCCGAAGAGAAGGGCCAGAGAAGCGGAGCGCCACGAUCCCUGCACUCGUCUCUCUUUCUCUCCGACCUUCUCGUCGCGCCGCUGAACCGGCGAAGGGCCGCACACACCGCAACCGAACGGACCAGCCGCACCGCCGCCGCCGGGCCGCGCCGCACACCUCGCUCGCGCCGUCUGCCGCCGUCUUCGUCGAGGCCGCCGAGCGAGACCGACCCCGAAGCGGCGCAACGCUCACGGAGCCGCAGCGAAAAAGGCCGCAUUCUCCCACCCCGCGUCGGGCCCCUCUCCGCCGCCGGCACCCACUCUCGCCGCACCCCGCCGACCCCUCUCUUCUUCUUCUUCGGGCCCCCGUUUGCCCCCCACUCCGCAGGCCCCACACCGACGACGCCCCAACUAACACAGUGAGCGGCGCCCCCCACAACCAGCUCCCCAACCAGCCCGACGGACGCAGAGAAUUCUCGUCUUUUUUUGCCCCGGGGGCCGGUCGAGAGCAACAACGACCCAACUGAACAACCGCCAACGGUCGCAUCACGGACGCCGCGUCGCAUAAUCCGCCACGGCCCAAAGGUGAGGCGGGUCGCCGGGAUCCGGUUUUGGGGACGGGGCCGAGGACCCCAGGGCUGAGAGAUAUUUUUGGGCCGUUUUCGGCCGAAAUUUUGUUUCGUGGGAUUUGGUUAAAAUUUGGGUUGAAAAGUCGUGUAAAUGACAUUUUAGAGGUUUUGAAGUAAUUUUAAUGUCAUUUUUGCCACCUACCAGGGAUUUGUAUAUAAUUUUUUUUUCAAUUAUCAAAAUUUCAUAAAACUUUUUUUUGGCCAUGCGAGUUUUUUUGGGCCAUUUUGGACGACUUUUUGGCCAUGAAAAAGAUAGAAUGCCAAAUUUUUUGAUAUCAUGCCCUUAGGCAAUUUUUAGGACAACCUGAAAAAUUCACCGAGUUUAGUUCGAAAAAUUUAUUUUUUAGUGUUUAGAUAGACAGUUUGUUGAAAUUUCCCAAAUUUUUCAACAAAUUCAACUCCUAAAAAGCCUUUUUUGUCGUCUUUUUUCCUCCCUUCUAAUCCCCGCAUUUCCUCCAGGAUCCAGCCCAAUUCGGCCCGUCAACGUACAGCAGCAGGAGCAGCCCACGCAGGACCCGACCAGCCGGUCCCACCACCGCCGACGAACCGCCGCUCGUUGCUCAUCAGUCAGCCGCCGGUUUCGCACCUCCACUGCCCUGGCCCGAAACGACGACGAAGAAACGCAGACCCGGAAUCCCGACGCGAAAACAUUUCACGCACACCGAACCGUUUUUGAAUCGCCGCUGUUCGCAACAACACUGCCCUUAA